AGUGGAUGGAUGUGGAAUGCGGAUAGAGCAGCCUCUCAAAUCCGCUCAAAUUCGGUGUUUGGCCGUUCGUCGGAGCCGCGUUCGCACUAUGCUUCGCGCUGUUGUCUUCAGCAACAACUGUAUCUCCAUCUCCGCCUUCACAAAACCUACCUUUUCAUCCGGUUAUGGCAUCGUCAGAUCCGCUCAGUUGGAAGCUCGAGCUCGAGCCGUGGCAUCGCUCUCACAACGCGCCGACAGGCCGCCGGUAGUUCUCGACAGUCUGAAGCUUCUCGAAUGGGACAAGCUCUGCGACUCCGUCGCUUCCUUCGCCGGCACUUCCUUGGGCAAACAAGCCACCAAAGCACAGCUGUGGUCAUUGAAUCAGAGCUACGAAGAGAGUAGGAGGCUCUUGGACGAGACCAAUGCCGCGGUAGAAAUGCACAAGUACGGAGGUUGCGCCAUGGACUUUACUGCCAUCGAUGUCGACUUGGUGAAAUCUGCUCUGCAAUGUGCCCAGCGGGGUUUACCAGUUGAUGGAACUGAAGCAAUGGCUAUUGUAGCUUUGUUGGAGUUUGCUGAAAAUUUGCAGUUUAGUCUUAAAGCUGCAAUCAAAGAGGAUGCUGAGUGGUAUAAGCGUUUCAUGCCCCUCACUGAAAUGAUUAUGGAAAUGGCGAUAAAUAGAUCAUUAGUCAAGUUCAUUAGGCAAUUUAUAGAUGAAGAUGGAUUUGUUAAAGAUUCUGCUAGCUCUGCGUUGAAGCGGUCACGGGAUCAAGUGAGAUUGCUUGAAAAUAAGUUAUUGCAGUUAAUGGAUAGCCUAAUUAGGAAUAAGAUGAAAGAGACAUCCAAUCUGGAAGUAAGUAGUAUUGAUGGAAGAAUAUGCUUGUUGUUGGGGGCUGAUUCAACCACAACUUUUGAGGGCUUAUUAUUGUCCAGUGGUUCAGGUGGUGGAAACAUUGUGGAGCCACUCUCUGCUGUUCCUCUAAAUGAUGAGUUGCAGCAAGCAAAGGCAUCUGUAGCAAAGGCAGAGGCAGAUGUGUUAUUGAAGAUAACAGAGAAGGUUCAAGUUGAUCUUUCUGACACCAAAAAUUUAUUUGACAUAAUGAUUCAGCUCGAUGUGAUUAAUGCUAGAGCAACCUACAGUCUUUCUUUUGGAGGCACAUGUCCUGAUCUAUUCUUACCAGAGGCCAAAGAUGGAGGUCUUGCGCUUGAUGCCUUACUUGGAAGUGAAAAUUCAACACAAUCUGACCUCAGUGAGAGGAAAUGGACAUUGUAUCUUCCUAGAGUUUAUCAUCCUUUGUUACUUAAACAGCAUCGGCAAAGUCUACAAAAGGCCAUUAAAGAUGUUGCUGGUGCAACUGCUGAAUUCAGGAGGAGAAAGCUUCAAGGGGGAAAUAUGUCCCAAAAAGAUGAAGAUAUGGGGAUAAAUCUUUCAUUUUUGAAAAUGCAGGUUACAAAGUUGGAACAAAAUCAUCCUAUUCCAGUUGAUAUUUUUAUUGCUCAGAGAACUCAAGUUUUAGUUAUUACCGGCCCUAACACUGGGGGUAAAACAAUUUGCCUAAAGACAGUUGGGUUGGCUGCUCUAAUGGCAAAAUCAGGUCUUCAUGUAUUGUCUUCUGAACCAGUUAAGAUGCCUUGGUUUGAUUCUGUAUUUGCUGAUAUCGGUGAUGAACAGUCCUUGUCACAAUCUUUGUCUACCUUCUCUGGGCAUUUGAAACAAAUUAGUGUAAGUCGGGAAAUUUUGAAGCACUCAACAACUCAGUCACUAGUGCUAUUAGAUGAAGUAGGUGCUGGGACUAAUCCUCUUGAAGGAGCUGCACUUGGGAUGUCAUUGCUGGAAUCUCUUGCUGAAUCUGGGCCAUUGUUGACAAUGGCUACAACACAUCAUGGUGAACUCAAAACCCUCAAAUACAGUAAUGAGGGCUUCGAAAAUGCUUGUAUGGAGUUUGAUGAAGUGAACCUGAAGCCAACUUACAGGAUUCUCUGGGGGGUACCAGGGCGCUCAAAUGCAAUCAACAUAGCUGAAAGGCUAGGACUACCAAACACUAUUUUAGAUAAUGCUCGUGAACUAUAUGGUUCUGCUAGUGCAGAGAUAAAUGAGGUCAUACUUGAUAUGGAAAAGCUUAAGCAGAACUUACAUGAGCAUGUUUCUGAAGCACAGAACUACAUCAAGCUCUCAAGAGAUCUUCAUGAAAAUCUACUUGUAACUAGAAAAAAGGUUAUCGAUCAUGGCAAUGAUGAAAGACACAGGAAGAUGCAAGAAAUUUCUGAGAUGGGCGCAAUGGCACGGUCUAUACUUCACAAGAAAGUGCGACAAGUUCGUGCAUCAGCAUCUCAGACUUCCCAGUAUGCAAACGGCAGCCAACACAAAGCCGCAGCCAACAGCCAGCAGACUGAGGUAGGUAACGGCCGUGAACUUUCUACUGCAACUGUGGCUGCAGCAGAUGAUAGUGAACUACUACCAAUCGCACCUAAGGCUACUUAUACUGCAGAUACUGCCAGACAAUCGACUCAAGAAAAACAGGCCAAACUGCCAAAGGUGGGCGAUACAGUGCACAUCUCUUCCUUCAACAAGGAAGCUACUGUCUUAAAAGUGGAUCCUUCUAAAGAAGAAAUAUUAGUUCAAGCUGGUAAAAUGAAGUUGAAGUUGAAACUGAUGGACGUGGUUACUUGACCUGUAAGCAUUGAGGAAAAUGCAGAUACCAUAAUCAUUCUCUAUUUUUUCAUUGCUAAUUCAACUUGACAAUUGACAAAUGUCCCAUGCCAUGGUAAUCUCUUUUUUAUACCGUAGAAGAAGCUAGCUAGUUCAAGAUCAAUCAAUUCAACUUGAGUUGAAUUCAAUCCUAAUUGUCCCAUUUCUAUCUGCCAAAUGGUGAUCUAAAGUCACUUCCUGAUCAGCAGUUCAGAACUGACCGGUGAGCUCCAAAGCCUCGCCGCGAUCUUCUCCGUCGGAAGCACCGGCAGCCCAACCAUAAUCAACGGUGAAAUCAAGAAAACGAAGCAAGAAUACCAGGGUGACACAGCUUAGAAACAUGGGAAUAGGGCCGAAGAUCCAAAGAAACAGGGGGAAGGAAAAGUAGAAGGCUCGCAGCCCCAGUGACCAGAAAUAGCUUCCCCUAUUCACCGACCGGCCGACAUAAUCAGCCGUGAGAUCGCUGUUCCGGAGGCUGAUCACCUUCUUGAAAGGUACGUUGAUAAGUAUGCUUGCAUGGCUGUAGUACCGAAUGGACUGCACGUUGAGCAAGAAGGCAACCAAGAAGCAGACCAGUAUGGAGAAGGACUUUAUGGAGAAGCCCAUGUCACUCUGGUCGCCGUAGAUGAACGCUGCCUCCGAACGCUUCCCGCCGCCGUUGGUCAUGAGGACGGCGAUGAGGGAGCUGAGCAUGAUGGCCGUGGAGGCCAAGAGGGUCGACGCCAUUAUGUUGUUUCUCAAUGUCUGAACUGCUAAAACCCCGUUCUUGGAUACGUCCUGCCAUUUCCAUCCCAAUUAUCAUCUCUCAACCAGGAAAGAUAAUCUAAACGAAGAAACGACGACGGUGCAUAUCUAUAUUAUGAUAUACAUGUAUACCUCCAUCAUGGCGGCGACCCAGAAGCGGCGGUUGAGGGCAUUGAGGCCGAUGACGGUGCGAGAGGGGUGGUGGACAACAUGGUGGAGGAGCCAAAUAUGGUAAGCCACCAUGAUGAGGAGGCCCGCUGGCACCAAUAUGUAAUCCAGGAGUUGUUUCUCCAUUCCGGGUCUGG